AAAUAAGGCAGAUCGGUUGGCGAUCGGAGCAGCUGAGACAGUGGCACACUCGCAACCACUACUUUUGCUUGAAAAGUUUUAUUUUAAAGUUUAAAAAAAAACUUUACCGAGUUGAAACCGGGUGCAGUUUUCUUUUAUUUUAACUUUUUGCUGCAGAUUUCGUGUUUUUUUUUUGUUCAUCGCUGAGAAAACAAAAGUCUCUUCUGUUCUCCGAGGAAAUAAAGACAAGGGAAGAGAAACCUAAGCGAGAUGCUGUGUCCAUGGAGUUUCCUCCAGAGACCCAGGUACAGGGGCAAAUUGGAUCCUGGAGCGAGCCCAGCGACGGAUCUUAACAACAAUGAAAAGGACAUCGGCAAAGGAGAGAGCCUCGUCAAUGGACACAUUCCGAACUUUAAGAGCGUUAAUGCAGGCUCUGAGCCACUUCCCGCAAAGGGACCAUUGCGUUGUCCUUACGCCCCGAAGUUUGUUAAGCUGAUGAAUGUGGAAAACGGGGCUAUUAUGCAGGAUACGUUGCAUCAAAAAGCAGUCAAGAACAUGCCAUGUCAGUCUGCAACCUGCAAGGGCUCUCUCAUGACUCCAAAAGCGAUGACCAGAGAAACUCGAGAUCAACCUGUUCCACCAGAGGAAAUUCUUCCUCAGGCUAUAGAUUUCAUCAAGCAAUAUUAUGAAUCCUUCAAAAGCCCCAGACCUGAGGAGCAUCUGACCCGAAUUGAGGAGGUUAGCAAAAGCAUCACAGACACGGGCACAUAUGAGCUGACCUAUGAGGAGCUGGUAUUCGCGUCAAAGCAAGCCUGGCGUAACGCCCCUCGGUGCAUUGGCCGCAUCCAGUGGUCCAACCUCCAUGUGUUUGACGCUCGGAAAUGCACCACCGCAAAGGAGAUGUUCGAGCACAUGUGCACCCACAUGAAGUAUGCAACCAACAAUGGAAACUUGAGAUCUACCAUCACUAUCUUCCCUCAGAGGACUGAUGGGAAACAUGACUUCAGAAUAUGGAAUAGCCAGAUGGUCCGUUAUGCAGGGUAUCAGCUGCCUGAUGGCUCCAUCAUUGGAGAUCCAGCUGGAGUUGCAUUCACACAGGUGUGCAUUGACCUUGGCUGGACACCCCGCUUUGGACGCUUUGAUGUGCUUCCAUUAAUCAUUCAGGCCAAUGGUCAGGAUCCAGAAGUAUUUGAAUAUCCACCAGAGCUUAUUCUCGAAGUAGAAAUUGAGCAUCCAAAGUUUGACUGGUUCAAAGAAUUAGGUCUCAGAUGGUAUGCCCUGCCUGCUGUUGCUAACAUGCUACUGGAAGUUGGAGGCCUGGAGUUUCCUGGAUGCCCCUUCAAUGGCUGGUACAUGAGCUCUGAGAUUGGUGUUCGAGACUUCUGUGACGUUCAGCGAUACAAUGUGCUAGAGGAAGUGGGGAAGAAAAUGGGAUUAGAAACAAAUAAUCUGGCGUCUCUGUGGAAAGACCAAGUAUUGGUGGAGAUCAACAUUGCUGUAUUGCACAGUUACCAGAAAAAGAAUGUGACAAUUAUGGACCACCACACUGCCGCAGAGUCCUUCAUGAAGCACAUGGAGAACGAGUUCCGGCUGAGAGGAGGCUGCCCUGGGGACUGGGUCUGGCUUGUCCCACCAAUCUCUGGAAGCAUCACACGAGUGUUCCAUCAGGAGAUAUUGAACUACAUCCUCAGCCCUUUCUUUUAUUACCAGGUUGAUGCUUGGAAAACACACAUCUGGCACGAUGAAAGCCGGAGACCGAAGAAGAAUGAGAUCAAAUUCAAACAUUUAGCGUUGGCAACAUUAUUCAGCUCUGUUCUGAUGCGGAAGACCAUGGCCAAAAGAACAAAGGCAACGAUUCUGUACGCCACAGAAACAGGAAAGUCAGAAACCUUUGCCAAAAAGCUGCGCACAUUGUUCAACGGUGCCUUCAAUUGCAAGAUUGUCUGCAUGGAUGAUUAUGAUCUGAAUGACCUGAAUAUGGAGUCGCUGGUCUUGGUGGUGACAAGUACCUUUGGAAAUGGAGAUUCACCUGGAAAUGGAGAGGUGUUUAAGAAAUCUUUGUUUACCAAGAAGCCAUUGAAAUCAUAUAAAUUCAGUUAUGCCAUCUUUGGACUUGGCUCCCGCAUGUACCCACAAUUCUGCGCUUUCGCCCAUACACUCGAUAAGAAGCUGGAACAGCUCGGGGCAACUCGGUUGUCCGAAACAGGAGAAGGAGAUGAGCUUGGUGGACAGGAAGAAUCCUUUGUAGACUGGGCUAUCACCACUUUCAAGAAAGCCUGCAAAGACUUCAAUGUGCGAGGGAAGGUGGAGCUGGGUCAGUUCAAGACAGCAACCAAAAGUGAUGUGUGGGACCCCAGCAGAUACAGGUUCGCGACUGACACCAGGCCGCUGGACUUGUGUGCAGCUCUCUCGAAGAUGCAAGGAAAGAAAAUUCUGCCGAUGACGUUCAGGUUGAAAAAGAAUCUGCAGAGCCCGAAAUCCAGUCGCUCCACCAUCCUUGUCGAGCUGUCCUGCAGGGACUCCAAGGAACUCCAGUAUCUGCCCGGGGAGCACGUUGGAGUUUUCCCUCAGAAUCAGGAGGCCCUCGUCAACGCGCUGAUCAAGAGGCUCAAAGGGACGCCAAGUUCUCAUCACUGCGUCCAAGUGGAGGUUAACAACGGCAAUAGCGUGAGAGACUGGAAGGUGGAUGAGCGAAUACCAGCUUGCAGUCUCUCGCAGGCUUUUACUCAUUUUCUGGACAUCACCACCCCACCCAGUCAACACCUCCUGAAGAAGUUUGCCCAGCUGGCGUCGGAUGAAUCGGAGAAGAAUCGACUGCUGGAACUAGGCCAGAAUUCCCAGGAGUAUGAGAAGUGGAAAUCUUUCCACAGCCCCACCAUCCUGGAAGUCCUGGAGGAAUUUCAGUCCAUCCAAUGCCCUGCUCUGUUCCUCCUCACCCAGCUAAUGCUGCUGAAGCCCAGAUAUUACUCCAUCAGUUCGUCCUUAGAUAUGAAUCCGGGAGAAAUCCAACUGACGAUUGCAGUGGUGAACUACAAGACGAGAGAUGACCAAGGCCCCAUACAUCAUGGCGUCUGCAGUACCUGGUUCAACACAAUGGAAGCAGGAGAACUGGUUCCAUGUUAUGUGCGCAGCACUGCAGGAUUCCAUCUUCCAAAGAACCAAUCGAAACCCUGCAUACUGGUUGGUCCAGGAACAGGAAUUGCUCCAUAUAGAAGCUUCUGGCAACAGCGGCAGCAUGACAUUGAGAAACGAGGAGUCAGACCCGGUCCCAUGACUUUGGUGUUUGGCUGUCGGAACUCAGAAAUGGAUCAUAUUUACAAAGAAGAAACACUCGCACUUAAAGGCAAAGGCAUUCUGAACGGUGUUUACACAGCCUACUCCAGAGAGCCAGGCAAGAAAAAGACUUACGUACAAGAUAUUCUUCGGGAACAACUGGCGUCUGAAGUCUACAAUAUGUUGCAUGAAGGGAAUGGGCACAUCUACAUCUGUGGUGAAAUCAAGAUGGCACAAGAUGUCACUGACACCCUAAAAGGCAUCAUCGCUAAGCAAGGUGGCAUGAGUGUUGAGGAUGCCGAAGAGUUCCUCACAAUGCUGAAGAACCAGAAGCGAUAUCAUGAAGACAUCUUCGGAGCAACGUUUCAGAAAUAAUGGUGUUUCCUGAUGACAGGAUCAAAUGGCACCAAAGAGACAAUUGUGCCAACAGAUAUUAAGAAUGACAGAAACAUUUCAUUAACAAGGCUUGAAUGCUGCUCUGCUUUCACCAUGUAUCUGCUGGCCAACAUAUGGACCAAAAUGGACAAACUUUUUAUUGUAUAGCAUUCAAUUUCAUACUCGCUUUUAUAAACACAAGUGGAAAUCCAAAGAGUUUAAGAAGAAGUUUUUCUUUACAUUUCAGUGAAGUCUGCAGCAUUAGCUUUUGUUUUUUCCUUUUUGUGUGCAGUUAUUAAUUUUGGGAUAAAUUCAGUAAAUCUGUAUUCUUGCAGAAGAUUAAUUAUGACUUAAUUGUGUCAGAAACUGGUUUGUGCAGGGAAGCAUGACAUCAUUGGAGUGCGUCAAUCAGUAAUGUCAGCCAUUUUGAGCACCAAUAUUAAUAAUGUGCAAUACCCGCAGCCCAUGAUGGAAUCACGACAACUGGGUCCAUUUUUCACUCCUCGCAAUUUACCCUCAAACAAGAGAAAAAAAAAAUCUGCCUUUCUAGCCAGAAAUAAAUUAUUUCCUGGUGCUCUUUGGUACUUACAUUGACGUUUCAAAAUGGGAAAUGAAGCUUCCAGUGAUGGUUGCAAAUGUGCUUGAGGGUGAUAAGGAUGGUGAUUUGAUUCAAGCAAAUAUAACAAACAGAUGUGUCUUCACAUUGAUAUCCCAACAUCUGUGCCUUAAACAAUAUCACAGCAAAACUUAAGGGCAUAAAGUUAGGCUCACGAAUCAAUGUUAAGCCAGUGGAAGGCAGGUUAGUCUGAUAAUUAUUUACAACGGCCAGGACAUUGCAAGAAACGGCUGGUAAAGUCAAGAUUCACCGUGCACUUUAAUAAAAGAAUACAGUCUGGUUAAGAGUGCAAUAGCCAGUAUCGACUGACAAGAUUGAGACUGGUAAAGAUUUAGAGUGUGUGUGAGUGGCAGCUGGCUGCUAUCUGUGUAAGUAGCAUAUGAUAAAUUAUGAAUUUUAAUAAAAUUGUAUGAUUUGUAACUUUU